AUGAUUAAGGCAUUUGACCCAGAGUCAGAAAAAUUCAACUUGGAAUUAGAUCAACCCUCGAUUACUAUAAAAGGAGUCGAUGUGGAGGAGAUUUUUGGUUUGAAGGUCAAAUCUGCAGAUGGGCUGGAUAUUGACACAAUCCAUUUUGAGGAUGGGAAAUUUGCAGAAAAUGAGAUUCCACCUCAUUUUCUGAACAAGUGCACCGGCAGUCUCAGCAUUGAUGGAUUGAUCUCGGACGCCAUCAAGAGCGGAUUAGACGAUGAUGACUUCCUUCGCAGAGCUGCUCUUGUGGCCCUUGGUACAGUUCUUGCACCAACGUCCACGGCAACAGUUCCGUUGGAGUAUUGGGAAAUCGUUAAAAACUGGGAAGUUGAUAAGGUGCAAUGGCCAUGCGGCAACCUAGCCCUGCUGCAGUAUAUUUACUAUGAAAAAGUGCGCCCAAUUGGUUCACAAUUGACGUCAUCAAGGCCGUUGAUGAGGAACUGGACAGAAGAAGAAGCUAAAAAGAGAGACAUCGUGGAUUACAAUGAUGGACGAGGAGUAGGCUUGAUUGACGACGACAUAUCUGCUAAGCACAGAAGGGAGGUGAUCCACACACCUGACGUUGUUCCAAAAUCAAAGAGGAAGCAAAGUAAAAGAGCUAAAGCUGCAGCUUCUAGCAUGAACACGCCAGGUCCAGUGGAUGAUUCAAGAAUGGAGGUCAUGUUUGAGCAGGUUCUGAUUAAACUGACCAACCACAUAGACACAACAUUAAGAAAAAAUAUGCAGAAAUAUGCAGACGCAUCUGCUCAGAAACUCCUAAAAAUGCUUAACUCGAAGGGAGUUGCAUACAGGGCAGGCAAGGCUGACAUGUCUGAUGACGACGAUCAGGAGGAGGAAGCCAAAAAGGAAGGAGUGGCCUCCACACCUAGCCAUGGCGGCCUUCCGCCUAAAGAUUUCAUGGACAUAGACGUUCCCAAGUCAGACGGCAGUGCAUCAUGGUUGAAUUCCAUUAAGGAUAAACAUGACGAUGAAUUGGAUGAUGCAAGUAAGAAGAGUGAGCCGGUGGAGGAUUCGAACUUCGUGACACCCACCGACAAGAAGAAGACUGCUAGUGCUGGGUACACGACCCCGGCGCCUAAGCACAGAGAUACUCCUGAAGUACCCAUAAUCAUCGACGACAAGGCUACUCCCGAAUCGUCCUACUCGGCAACUAUUGAUUUAACUCUUCCAGAUGCAUCAGAAGAAUUUGAAAUCUUGAACACGAUCUGCCACAAAGCGAUAGCAAGUGGGAAGAAGGAGGAGAGAAAGGAUGAUGUAUGUGGGAAAAAAGAGGAGAGAAAGGAUGAUAUCUGUGGGAAGCGCACACGCAAACCUCCUCGCAAAUUAAGUUCCCCAAGCAUUGUGAUGACCUCCAAAUGUCCUAAACGUAUUCGACGUGCAGUCAGAAAAGGUCCUGAAGCUUUGUUCAACAAUGAAUAUGCCACGGAUGGAUCAAAUCAGCUGACACCGGAGAUAAUUGACGCAGCUGUCGAGUAUAUUCGGAUAUCAAUGAAAAGUACAAAAAAGGGCCGAUUUGGUAAGUGUGUGUACGAGAAUGCAGACGGGGCUGGGGCGAGUGCUGGAAUGCUUAAACCAAUCCUUGACAGUGGAUGGCUGUGCGGUGCUGCUUAUUUCUCGGUUAACAUCUCCCGUUGCCACUGGGUCACCGUCGUCAUGCACAGUGACAAGGAGGAAUUUCAGGUGCUAGACUCAUUAUGGAGCCUUAAUCAGAGCAAGGGAUUUGUGGAAAUGCUGAGAGAAGAAAUCUCUAAGGACAUCAAGUUUGCGAACAAUGAGUUAUCGAGAAAGAAGUAUCCAGAUGUUUCGAAAUGGGAAAUUAAAAGCUAUCCAAUACCAAAGCAAAGAGAUACGAACUCAUGUGGACUCUUCCUGUUAGCAUGUAUGGAGCACUGGGAUGGAGAUAAACUGACGGCUGAAUUUUCGCAGGAAACGAUAAACAAGAACAGGAAAAGGACUGCUGCCGAAAUUAUAAUGGCACAAUCAAACCUGCUCGAGAAGACGAAGAAGGAUGUCCUAGAUAUCGCGGCGAAAGCACGUGCCCAAAAAACAUUAAGUAUCAGAUAUGCAUGCACAUCUGACAUUGUAAUGCAAGGGUGGAUUUGUGUCCGGAAGAAGGUCUGA